AUGAAUGCGCUCGUGGAUACCACUGCAUUUUUGGGGAAAUUUCUAUAUUAUGGCUUAGAAUCUCUAGUUCACACUGCAAUUCCCAGGAGAAAAAAGGAUGUAACUGGAGAGAUUGUACUUAUAACAGGAGCUGGAAGCGGACUUGGGAGAUCAUUGGCCAUAAAAUUUGCCAAGCUUGGAGCCAUUUUAGUUUUAUGGGAUAUUAAUGAAGAAGGUAAUAUGGAAACAUGUAGAAUGAUCAAAGCAAGCGGUGCUCCGAAAGUAUUUGCAUAUAAAUGUGACUGCAGUAACAGACAAGAGGUCUACCGUGUGGCUGAUCAGGUUAAAAGAGAUGUUGGCGAUGUGACCAUCCUCAUUAACAAUGCUGGAGUGGUGACAGGGAAAUUGUUCCUUGAUAUUCCAGACCACAUGAUAGAGAAGACAUUUUCUGUCAACGUCUUGUCUCAUUUCUGGACUUACAAGGCCUUUCUUCCUGCCAUGAUUAAAGCUAACCAUGGUCACUUGGUCUGUAUUUCAAGUGCAGCAGGAAAUGUUGGUACUAGUACAUUAUCAGAUUAUUCUGCAAGCAAAUUCGCAGCUUUUGGCUUUGCAGAAUCCAUUUUCCUUGAAUUGGCAUUGCUAUUGAAAAAGGAUAUUAAAACCACCAUUGUUUGUCCAUAUUUCAUCAAAACUGGAAUGUUCGCGGGCUGUACAUGCAAGUAUCCACUUCUGCUGCCUCUGCUGGAGCAAGAAUAUGUGGCCCAAAUAGUUGUAAAUGGCAUUUUAGAGGAAAAAGUUUACUUAAUAAUACCCAAACUUCUGAGUUUUGCAUUGGUCCUUAAACAGAUAAUAUCUCCAAAAAUGAUCAUUGCCUUAAGUAAAUACCUCGGAAUGGAUAUCUGCAUGACCUCUUUCACAGGAAGAAUGAAUGCAGAUCAAGGUCAGCUGGAAACUGAGAGGAAACAACUUUAG